GUGUGUGUGUGUGAGAGAGAGAGAGAGUUUGGAGUUUGAGGCAUGGACCGCAAACCUCUUGGUUCUCUCUUCAUCCCCAAAACCUUCAGACAGAUACAGACCACUCAACUCGGCGAGCCCAAUUCUCAACUCAAUCAACCCCGAUGGACUCCCUCGCCAUCCUCAAAGUCAAAGGUAAGCUCAAGCUCCCCGACAAAGCCCGGCGAGCCUUCCCGGACCGCCUCGGGAGCUUGGUCGCCGGAUCGUUCGAAGAUGGGGACGAAGGAGUAGCCAGCGCACCCGAUUCUGCCUUCGACUCCGGCGAAGAACUAGAGACGUUUCAGCCCAAUGGGUACUUCAGGUCGGACCGGGACAGCGAUGGCGACGAUAAGAUCGAUGAGGAAGCGGAAGUACUGAGGGUCCGGCAGAGACUGGACAAGGAAAAGGAUGUCACCAGUCCCGUCUCCGUCUCUGAAAUCAUCGCCGCCGAUGAGAAGAAGUCAGAUCUUGAGUUCGAGAUAUCGCAGAAAGAGAUAAAUUUGGAAAAGCUGCAAAGAAUCGCUAGUUCGGGGCUUCCUGAUGGAGGAACUUUGCGGCCGACAGCUUGGAAGCUGCUUUUGGGUUAUUUGCCUGCCUGUCAUGAGUUAUGGGAUGGAGAGUUGACUGUGAAUCGUUCAAAAUAUGCUAAGCUAAAAGAGGAGCUUCUUCUGAGUCCUACAGAAUUCACAAGGAAGAAGGAAGUACUGAGUUCUAAUGAGCAGCAUGCUGACAGUGACGUUGAUGGGCUGCUUAAGCGGCAGGAAAUUUCUCAUGAAGAUCAUCCACUAAGCCUUGGAAAAGCUAGUGUUUGGCAUCGAUACUUCAAGGAUACAGAGAUUGCAGAGCAGAUUGACCGUGAUUUGCAACGCACACACCCAGAUAUAAAAUUCUUCUCAGGGGAUUCAUCAUCAAGCAGAAAGAACAGGGAAGCAAUGAGAAAUAUUCUUCUUCUGUUUGCGAAGCUCAAUCCUGUAAUCCGUUAUGUGCAAGGCAUGAACGAGGUCUUGGCACCAAUAUACUAUGUAUUUAGUAUGGACACUGAUGAGCAAGCUGCUGCAAAUGCUGAAGCUGAUAGUUUUUCUUGUUUUGUUAGACUCCUGAGUGACUCUGUGGAUCACUUCUGUCAACAAUUGGAUAAUAGUUCUGUGGGUAUCCAUUCUACACUUUCGCACUUGAUGGAGCUAUUGAAGGCCAAUGACGAGGAAUUGUGGCGGCAUCUUGAAUUCACAACUAAGGUCAAACCGCACUACUAUGCAUUCAGGUGGAUCACCCUGCUGCUUACUCAAGAAUUUAACAUCAAUUCCAUCAUGAGAAUUUGGGAUUCCCUUUUAAGCAAUCCUUAUGGUGUUCAGGAAAUGCUUCUACGAGUGUGCUGUGCAAUGCUUUUGUGUGUGAAAAGCAGACUAUUGAGUGGAGAUUUUGUUGCCAAUCUAAAGCUGCUCCAGCACUACCCAGAAAUCAACAUAGAACAUCUUCUCAGAGUAGCAAGGGAUCUCAGCCCCGACUUGUCAUCCUUCAGUUUAUCCAUGUAAAAAUUCAAUUCACUGCAAUCAUUCUUAAGGACUUCCAUGCAAAUGUCUCUUCCUAUGAUUUGUAAAUUGUAACCAUGAACUUGAAUUUUGCUCCUUUGAGUUUGCUUUGAACCUUGGCAGGGUUAAUAUUUCAAAAAAAGUUUUAAGUGAUCGAAA